CAUUCGCUUCUCAUCUCAAUCCACUCUCCUCUCCCCGUCUCUCUCUCUAAGCCAAAACAACGUUCUAUAUUCCAACAGAGCAGUCGCCUUUUUAAUCAAGAUGAUGACUGCGGUGAAUUCCAAUUCCCACCCACCAACGGCGUCGCCGCCGGUGCCACGGUCGCCUUGGCACUCGCCGGUGCCGUACCUCUUCGGGGGGCUGGCCGCUAUGCUCGGCCUCAUCGCCUUCGCCCUCCUCAUCCUCGCCUGCUCCUACUGGCGCCUCUCCGGCUUCCUCGAUGGCGACUCCUCCUCUUCCUCCGCAGAACGCGACGUCGAGCUCGGCGAAGCUGGUUCCGAUGUCAAGCCAAUAACGCCCCCGGUUUUCGAAGAGAAGAUUCUGGUCAUAAUGGCCGGCCAAGAGAAGCCAACGUUCUUGGCCACGCCCAUUUCGAGUCGAGCCUCUUCCUUCGCAAGUAACAGCUCCGGCGGCGGUGAAAUGGCCGGGAAAGACGAGGCUCCACCGGAGAAACCAAAGCUGGGGAGCGGUGAUCAAGAACAAGCUCGGGGUAUGGAGAAUCAGAUCAGGUGCCGUGAUUAGUUUUUUUUUUUUACCUCUUUCCUAAUUUCAUGAUUGGGAUUUUGGCCUUCACGGCCGUGGGGCGUUGGUGUUCGAUUCAUCGUAGAAGAUUUUUCUUUUUUUUUUUCUUCUUCUUAUUUUCACCUUUUCUCUCUUUAUUUCUGAAUUCCGGAAAUGUAAAUAUUAUUUUUGAGAACGAAAUGGAAAGAGUUUCUUCGUCACAA